CAAGACAGUACAUUACCUGGUCUCAGUAACAUCAGUAGUGUAUAACGUUAUUGGAUAGUACUGCAUGCUGUACUAGGACAUAUUCAGGCAGCAGAAUAAGCAAUCCAAGACGUCUAUAGGACAAUUUUCUCAAGAUGUCACAUACUUAUGAGGUACCUGAUGUAUCAAAGAAGGUGAAAUUCAACAGAAAAUUGCAGGAGGACUACAGACAGUGGGAGGAAAGGGAGGUGGAUAUCUACGAGAUGCCAGACGCAGCUGGAGACGAUCACACUGAUAAUCGGCCACAAGAAGGAGGACCACGCUCUGAGAAGCAGCCUGCAGACGCCCAGAGGAGGAUUUACAGAGCUGCUGCUUUCUGUCUAGGAGUGCUGUGCAUUCUGAUGAUGGUUGGAAUCAUUGCCUCAUCCAUACACUUCACUUCAGAAAAAGGUGAGCUGAAGAUCAGGUAUGACCAUCUGAACAACAACUACAGCCAGCUCCUGGAACAAGUUCUAGUCAGCAACAGUCAGUUACAGGAGGAAGUAAAGCGGCUGAAGGGGAAUAUUGAAGGGAAGCUGUGUCCUCGAGGAUGGAAGAAAUUUGGAUGCAGUUGCUACAUUAGAUCUGAUAAGAAGAAAAUAUGGUCUGAUAGCAGAGCUGACUGUCAGCAGCGAGGAGCAGAUCUGGUGGUCAUUAACAACAAAGAGGAACAGAAGUUUGUCACUGAACUGAAUUCACAUGGAGAGGCCUGGAUUGGUCUACAGGCCAAAAAGGAACAAUAUACACCAACCGGAAUGACGUACGAAUGGGAAUGGGUCGAUGGAUCACCGCUGACAGAAAUAUCUGUUGUACUGACCUACAGAUUCUCGGAAUCAGGAAUGCCACGCCAUGUCUCAAUCCAGAACACUUCAGCAUACUGCAAUCAACAUGGAAACUGGACAAAGAACCAACCAAAUGUUAUUAAGAACUGGAUCUGUGAGAAAUAGAUUUCAUGAAUGAUUUGGUGACGGUGAGGGGUGCUGUGAUCAGCUUUGUGAAAUAACACCAGCUGACGAUAUACAUUGUUUAAAUGUGUUCAUUCUGUUCUGCUUGCAAAGUUACUCGGAAUACAUACAUAUUAUUUCUCUGGCUUCAAUGUGCUGUUAUUCUUUCAGGAGGAUUAUAAUACAAGUAAAUAAAGAGAUGUAAUCACAGUCUUUACUUUACUUUAUAUAGUUCAUUAAUAUGUUUUAUUUAGUAAUAAAAACAUAAUAAUAAA